AUGGCUAGUCCCCAACUCAUUCAAUCAUCCUCGCAAUCAUCAGAGACCAGCGGGAACAUCCGAUCCUCGUCAGAGUACGAGCUCACUCCCGGUAGUAGUCCAGCCAGCUACGAAGAGACUCACGGCGUCGGCAUCCAGAAUAUGUCCGAGGAGGUCCUCCUCGAGAUCCUGGGCUAUCUCGACGACGGCGACCUCCACAUCGUUCACCAGGUCAGCCGCCGUUUCAAGCGACUAGCCAACGACAGAGUCUUUCGUACGUACCCGGACCGACAGCACUAUCUCAUCCCGCGAUGGGACUACUGGAACCUCAGCGAGGAAGCCCAGCGCACCGUCGCCCAGCUCCUCCGAAAGGACAAGUUCUGCGGCAACUGCGCCCUCACCCACCAGGACGGCCACUUUUCCGCUGCCAAGAAAUGGCUCGGCACCCACCUCAUGUGUUCCGACUGCAAGGUGUUCCACCCGCGUUUCCUCUUCAGCCCCGAGCAGCGCGCCGCGUCGUCGGCCAAGCGGAUCUGCAUCGGGCUCCAAGGCAAGAUCAACGUGUGCCCCCACGAACACGUCUCGUGGGAGGACGUCGAAGAGGCCCGCUCCGGCCGCCACGACCCGCCCGAGGGCCGGAUGCCCCCCGGGACCCUCCACCGGGCCUCCGCCGUCAUACAGGAGUGGCAGGGCAAGAUGGACGUCGAGAUCCAGCAAGCGUUCCCCCUCUUUGACCUCCGCGCCACCGCCGGCGAACUGACGCUUCCCCAUUUCCAACGGUUCUGCCGCGCCUCGGUCAACCGCGAGACCUUUAGCGCGCUCGCCUGCCCUCACAUGGGAAGCGUGGAAGGAACCAGGAUGAUGCACGCCUUCGACCCGCGGCGAUGCAGCUGCUUCCGAUGGCCCCUCGUACCCGACGCCACCCACCUCCACGAUCCGGAGAAGCAAGGGGCCUUUAUCUGCCAGCACAAAAUGUGCUGCGUCUGCGAGCAGAAGCUCCCCGCACCCGGCGGGCCGCCCGCCCCGGCCUUUUGGCCAACCAGAAAACCGCCCACGUCUCCGGCUGCGGGCAGUACUGCUGCUUUACGCAUUACUGCUGAUCUCGGCGGGCUUCGUGGCGCCCUACUCGAAAAAUGGGUGCAGUCGCUGGAUCCGCGGUCGUACGGCCUGACCGAGGACGAGGAGGCCAAGCACGUUACCUGGUGCCCGGACCCGACGUGCGGCACCAUGAAGAACUGGGGCGCACUGGCCCGCGCCUUCGACUUGUUUCUUUACGAAGAAAAGUUUUACCAGGAUAUUAUUAUGAGGCUUGAGUUUGUUCGCCGUCUUCAGACUGUCAUGGCGACUGGCUAUUCUAGCAUGGGCGCAUGGUGCCUUAUCCAUCCGACCUCCGUCAUAGCCCUCAGCCUAUCACCUGCCUACGCGGUCCAAAGCGCCACCACCGCCCUUCUCAUGCGCUGCUUCGGCGCCCAAGCCAUGACGGCAGGCCUCCUUCUCGGGACGUCCUCGCUCGACGAGCGCGGCUUCACCUGUUUCGGCCUAGCCAUGAUCCCCUACCUCUUUUUCAACGCGUGGUACUUGGCAGGCCCGGGGAGGAGUCUUCACCAACUGGCUGUACAUGGACCUCGUAGGCAACUUAUUCUUCGGAGCGGGUUCGGCCUAUUGCGCCAAAUUAUUGAGGGAGCAGCGAGAAAUUGA